GAGUAUGUGUGGCUGUGUGCACAGUAGCCGGGACCAAGCACUCCACUUGGAAGGGGACCUCGGUCUUUCUGCAACCCCAACAUCUACAUUAGCACCUAGGAAAAUGCCCAAAAGCGUUUCAAUAUCGAAACAACUGGCUUCAAUAGAAGCUCUGAAGAAGGGCUCAGAUCUGGAAAAAGCCAUUGCCACCAUCGCACUGAUCUUCAGAAACUCUUCUGACCCCGAUGGGAAACUUGGAAAAGCUACUGCCAAAAAUCUGCUGCAAACCCAAUUUAGGAAUUUCACAGAGGGACAAGAAACCAAGCUCAAAUACCAAGACCUCCUUUCUGAACUUGACGAGCACGCUGAAAAUAAGCUCGAUUUUGAGGAUUUCAUGAUUUUGCUCUUAAGCCUCACUGUAAUUUCAGAUUUGCUGCAAAAUAUAUGGAGUGUAAAAAUCAUGAAUUAAAUAGCCUUAAAUGUGCAGUUAAACAAAAUAAUGGUAGUAGACAGUGUUAAAUGCUUAAGGAUUUUUUUCUGUUUUAUUUUUAAUUAAUUGAGCCUUCUGAUCAUGAAUUUGGAAAGGCCUGGGAUGGUUCUGAUUGCUAAUAUUUGGAUCAAAUGCAACUCCAAAAGUCCAUGCAUACUCUUCAGGAUGUUUAAAUAGUACAGUGUCUGGGUCCUUUACAAUAGGAUAGAUUUGAUACCACUGAAUAUCAAAUUGCUUUUGCUUAGUCAAUAGAGACUUAGAACACUUUCUUUUUAGUCAUUGACUUACUCAUUCAUUCAUUUAGUAACUGAUGUUUGUUGAGCAUCUACCUGAUGGUACUGCUGAAGAUACAUAAUGAACUAGCUAUGUAAUCUGUACCCUCAGACAUGAUUAUAGAAGUCUAGCAGAAGAGAUGGACAUUUAACACUGUAUUAGUCAAUUGCAAAUACAGUAUAAUUAUAACCAUGACAAGGGCAUUAGGAUACUAGAAGAGUUCAUUACCUGACAUGGGCUCAAAGGUCAGAGAAACUUCAUUGACAUUCUGCAAAAGGCAAAACUACCCAGAGCGGGGAGAGAUUAGUGGUUGCCAAAACCGUGGGAGGGAAGUGAAGUUGUUCACAAACGGGCACGAAAGAACUUUCAGGAGGGGCGGCGGUGUUUUAUAUCUUGACUGUGGUGGUGGCUACCUGACUGUACAAAUUUGUCAAACUCUUAGAACCGUAUACUAAAUAAAAAGGAUGAUUUUUA